UUCUCCAGGGCAAAAUCUGUGUGUAAGAUCCCACACUGCAAACCUGACCUUUUAAAUCUUUACACAGACAUCUUUCAUCUAACCAGAUGAAUAAUCCUGGUUUAGCCUGUGGGACCAGGCACACGCUUGCAGUUUAUCGGCUUAGCAGGUCUGAGGCCUGCAGAUACAGCAUAUCCAGCUUUUGUUUAAUGUUUCUAAGUAGUGCAGCAGCAUCUAGGCAAGCAUCAGGUAUCCCUGGGCUGGCUCCAACUGAUGAAAAGGAUGGCAAUCUGCCAGAUAUCAUUGCCAGCAGCAGUUUACAUGAGUUUCUGGUGAACCUUCAUGAGAAAUAUGGCCCACUGGUCUCUUUCUGGUUUGGAAGGCGUCUUGUUGUCAGCCUCGGCUCCAUUGAUCUCCUGAAACAACAUAUUAACCCCAACCGUUUGCUGGAUCCCUUUGAGACAAUGCUGAAGUCCCUCUUGAGGUACCAGUCCAGCCUGAAUGGGGAUACAGGAGAGAGCCACAUGAGGAGAAAACUGUAUGAAAAUGGUGUGACCAAGUCCUUGCAAAGUAACAUUGCUCUCAUCCAGAAGCUGUCAGAAGAGCUGCUAGCCAAAUGGCUCUCCCUGCCCGAGGCACAACAUGUGCCGCUCUGCCAGCACAUGCUGGGCUUUGCCAUGAAGUCUGUCACACAGACAGCGAUGGGCAGCAGCUUUGAAGAUGACCGAGAAGUCAUCCGAUUCCGCAGGCACCAUGAUGCAAUCUGGUCAGAGAUUGGGAAAGGUUUCUUGGAUGGGUCUCUUGACAAAAACAUGACUAGGAAGAAGCACUAUGAAGAUGCUCUGGUGGAGAUGGAAUCCAUCUUAAGGAAAGUUACAAAAGAGCGCCGAGGCAGAUCAUUCAACAGGCAUGUGUUUGUAGACACCUUGCUGCAAGGGAGCCUGAGUGACCAGCAGAUUCUGGAAGAUACAAUGAUUUUCUCCCUGGCAGGAUGCAUAAUCACUGCUAACUUGUGUACCUGGGCAGUCUAUUUCCUGACAACCUCAGAAGAUGUCCAGCAGAAUCUCUACAGGGAGGUGGACCGUGUUCUGGGGAAGGGACCAAUUACACUUGAGAAAAUUGAGCAGCUCAGAUACUGUCGGCAAGUCCUGUGUGAGACGGUGCGAACAGCAAAGCUGACUCCCAUUGCUGCACAGCUGCAGGAGCUGGAGGGCAGAGUCGACCAACACACUAUCCCCAAAGAGACACUUGUGCUUUAUGCUCUUGGUGUGAUGCUGCAGGAUAGUUCAUCUUGGCCAUCACCAUACAAGUUUGACCCAGAGAGAUUCAAUGAGGAAUCAGCCAUGAAAAACCUGUCCUUGCUGGGUUUUUCAGGAAGCCAGGAGUGCCCUGAGCUGAGGUUUGCCUAUAUGGUGACUACAGUCCUUCUGAGUGUCCUGGUAAGGAAACUGUAUCUCCACCCUGUGAAAGGACAAGUCAUGGAGACAAAAUAUGAACUGGUAACCUCACCGAAGGAGGAAGCCUGGAUAACGGUGUCUAAGAGAAGCUAAGAGGAAGCAAAACAAGGGUUUAAAAGUGCCAGUAGUGAAGUUCUGAGCAAGGGUCUUAAGGAGAACUGUGCUGGCACCAUGUUGACUCAGCCAAGGAAUUUUACAUCCAUUUUUUUUUACCUUCCACGUUCUUAACCACAUGCCUAUCUCGGGUGCCUUUUCUAACUCAACCAGUAGUCAUAUUAAAGUAGAUUUAAUCUGUA